AUGAAGCUUGUAGAAGCAUUAAGAUUACGAAAAGAUUACGAGACAAAUUUGCAACAGUUAGAGAGUCGAAUACUGAAUAAUUGCAAGGUUCAGGAAGGAGAUGUUCCGUCAGAAGACCCAGAAGAGUUGAUCGAGCUAUACUUGCAGAUGUCAGAAAAAUUGAAGAAACUAGUCUCAAAUAUCAAUUUAACCAAUUCUCAGUCAAUGUUCAAGUUUAGUAAGUGUACAGAAUCAAUGACAUCAGCGUUGGCCAAGAGAAGCGAGCUAAGGCGACACGCCGCGGCUAUACUGCGAUUUGCACGAUCAGAUGUUAUCAAUAUGGACAUGUAUUCCAGAAAAGAGAUUAAAUAUAUUUCAACCUUUUCGGUAAAGAAAUAUCGACCAUGA